AUGUCCUCUAUCGUUGAUGCUACCCGUGAACGUACUGUACAUGUCGCUGAAGAGUCCAGACGAGCUUUCUAUUCUCGCUCUUACCUCUACCCUCCGCUAGGGGUCCUCUAUCUUGCCCGUCGUCCGACUUUAUGGCCUCCUGUUCUCUCGCGACUUUUACCCUGCCUUGGACUCAGUGUCGCUGUUCUAGUACCCAUGUUUAUCUUCACUUAUAUACCGCAAGCUGCCGUCCUGUCGUUUACUGAUGGACCGCUUGCUGGACCUAUUAGUGCAGUUGUUCUCGUGCUGUCGGAGUCGUCUAUAAUCAUCAACACGCUUGCAAGGGCCUUCCUACUCGAACAGGCACUGUACGAUGUAUUCGACGCAACGCUUGUAUGUGAAGGUCAAGAAGCACUUGUUUCUCGGGGCAGAGAGGUGCGUCCUGGCAAGAAAUCCGAGGGGGCAAAGAAGCUUGGGAAGAUGCUCACGAAGCCGCUGCAAAAAUUCUCUCCCGCUGGAAUUGCACAAUAUCUGUUUAUGCUUCCGCUCAACCUGAUCCCUGUUGUCGGAACGGCCGUCUUCUUGAUCCUUCAAGGUCGAAAAAUAGCCCCGAGCUACCAUGCACGAUAUUAUCAGCUCAAGGAAUUCGAUGACGCCCGCAGAGAGUACUUCAUAAAGGAAAACAAAGGUGGUUAUGUCGCAUUUGGUACGAUGGCUAUGAUCAUGAAUCUCAUUCCCGUCGCAUCGAUAUUCUUCACUUUCACCUCGACCGUAGGUGCUGCGCUUUGGGCUUCUGAAAUGGAAAAGAAAGCCAAAUAUCCGGGGCAGACGGUAGACAUUACGGGAGAGGAAGCUGGAAAUGCUCAAGGCAGGAAAGGAAUUUAAUCCUUCAUCGCAAUUUUCUGUCGUUCUAAAGAAACACCCGCAUUUUUGGGUUCCGUAGAACUC